AAGGUGGAGUGCAAACUGAAACACAGCUGGGUUCGAGGUUCGUCUGGACUUUUUUUUUUCCCCUUCUCUCCCUCCUGGUUGUCGUCUGACUUUAUCGGCUGUGUCUGUCUGUACGAGGUGGACAAAAUCGGACGGGGAGAGAAGGGAGUGGAAACAACCGGAAUGAAAGAAGAAUUAAAGGGGAGAAAAAGAGGAGUGAAUUAGCGAACGACAAGCAGACAGAAGCCCCGUUUGCUGGGAGGCAAAAGAAGUGGAGAAAAGCGGAUCUUUGACCACUCGGGCAUGGCAGAUGCGGAUCUGGACUUCCAGACAGGUGAUGCCGGGGCAUCUGUCACGUAUCCCAUGCAGUGCUCUUCACUGCGCAAAAAUGGCUUUGUGGUCCUGAAACAGCGACCUUGCAAGAUCGUUGAGAUGUCCACCUCCAAGACUGGCAAGCACGGUCACGCUAAGGUCCACUUGGUCGGCAUAGACAUCUUCUCUGGUAAGAAGUAUGAAGAUAUUUGUCCUUCCACCCAUAACAUGGAUGUCCCCAACAUUAAGAGAAUGGACUACCAGGUGAUCGGGAUCCAAGAUGGCUACCUGUCUCUGCUCCAGGACAGUGGGGAGUUGAGAGAGGACCUGAAGGUUCCAGAGGGCGACCUGGGCAAAGAAAUAGAGAGCAAAUAUGAAAGCGGGGAGGAGAUUCUGGUCACCGUUCUGUGCGCAAUGAAUGAAGAAGCCGCAAUUGGUAUCAAAACCCUUAGUAAAUAAGCCGCUGCAGGGGCAAACGGGACGCACUGGACCCGGGGAAAAGGAGGGGGAUAUUGCCUCAUCAGUCUUUUUUUUUUUUUUUAUAAAUACUUUCGCUGUUUGUUACACCCUUGUUUGGGUUCAUAUAGGACUUGAAUCAAUUGGAGAAGCCAAACACUCAACUUUUUUGUUUCCUUUUUUCUAUGUACAUGUAAUACCACCUGGCUCUGGCUGUACAGAUGUUUAAAAAAAAAAAAAAAAAAAAAAAAAAAAAAAAGCCGCAUAGGGGAAAGCUGAAGAAACAUUAAUCUUCAAGUAGGUCUGCUUAUAUUUCAUAGUUAUAUACCAUUAUGUGAAAGGUGGCGACUUAAGAUGCUUUUUCCCCCCUCUUUUAUUAAGGGCUUGAACUCUAAAUGUUCAGUUGAGGUUUGUUCAGGUUGUUUACGUUACGUUCAGCACAGAAGCGUGUCACACGGACUCAAGCACUCAUUUUAGUCUCCUGUGUGAUUUUAGUUUUGUAGUUUAUCUGAACAAGCUCCUCCUUCAAUUUAUUUUGAUGCCACACUUGCCACAUAAAACCUGUCUAUAAACCAUAACGAUUCAGUUUGUCUUAAUGCCACCAACCCCUUGACAUUACAGCAUGUACAUAGUCUCUUCCGCUCUUCCCCCUCUUCAGAUCCUGUGGCAGAGCCUCGUCACGGGCCUCCACAGCCAUUUGGUCAAGGAGUAUUUGGUCUACCUGAAACCACUGCUCCCCGAUUCAGAAGGCAGUUUGGUUUUCUUGCAUUGGUGUUCAGACAGCAGGUCUAAACUGUGCAGGAUAUCUCCCUGGUCAGAAAUAAAGAUUGACAAACAGCUG